AUGUUGCGCCGUACAGCCUUGACCGACUUCCAAUGGUCAGACGAAGAGGGAAAGUUGAGCGGAGAGACGAAGAUUCCUACAAAUAUUCACUUGGACCUUCUGGCAGCCAAGCACAUUCCAGACCCUUUCAUUAGCACCAAUGAAAAAGAUGUUCAAUGGGUUGAUUCGAAAAAUUGGGUGUAUACCACCCAUUUUACUGCGAGUCCUGAAGUGGCAGGAUAUCAAGCCGCUCUUUUGUUCGAAGGACUGGACACUUUUGCUAGUGUGGAGUUGAACGGUGCUCAGCUAUGCAAGUCCGAUAACAUGUUCGUUCCUAAGCAUAUCGAACUGGCGCCCGGUCUACUGAAGAAUGAAAACGUCCUCAAAAUUACUUUUCAGUCGGCAAUGAAGGUAGGAAACUCAAUAUAUAAAGAAAGAGGUCACCUUGUAUGCUGGAAUGGCCAGUAUGAGCGAGUAUAUGUACGAAAAGCACAGUACCAUUUUGGUUGGGACUGGGGACCCUCGCUUGUCACGGCAGGACCCUGGAAGCCAAUUUAUCUGGAGACCUACCAAGCUCGACUUGACGAUGUUAGAGUCGAGGCGCGAUUAUCCGAAGAUCUUAAAGAUGGAACAUUGUUUUUGAGCUGUGAUAUUCGCCACGACUCUGAUGGGUACGCACUGGAGAGUACUGUUGUUGAUCCUAAGGGGGUAACACUAAUCUCGAGAAAUAUUGAAAAGAAACAAGGCACAGCUAUCUCUAUUCCUGAUGUACAAGUUUGGUAUCCCUUCACCCAUGGCAAACAACCUCUAUACGAAGUGAGAACAUCUCUUCGCAACAGUGAUGACAAUACAAUCCUCCACACAGUGUCUCACACUGUUGGCUUCCGUCGGGUUAAAUUAGUCCAGUCGCCACUGAAAGAGGGAUCGACAUUUUACUUUAAAAUCAAUGAAAUACCUAUAUUCAUGGGCGGCAGUAACUGGAUCCCUGGUGACAAUUUCCUCACUCGAAUGACUCCAGAUCGAUAUGCUAGGUGGAUCGAUCUAGCUGUGCGUGGCAACCAGAAUAUGAUCCGGGUUUGGGGUGGAGGAAUAUAUGAAGACGAUGCCUUUUUUGAUGAAUGCGACCGUCGCGGAUUGCUUGUCUGGCAAGACUUUGCAUUCGCAUGUGGACAGUAUCCAUCUGAUGAAAGGUUUGUCGAGAGCGUUAAAAAGGAAGCUGUGGCAGCAGUACAGCGGCUACGCAACCAUCCAUCGUUGUGUAUAUUUGCGGGCAAUAACGAAGAUUAUCAGGUUGCCAAUGAAGGAUUGAAACAUGACAUGAAAACUCCAGAAUCCGAAUGGAAAAAUACUAAAUUCGGUGCUCGCUAUACCUACGAGAAGAUUCUCCCAGACAUUAUUCGUCAGCACGCACCCUGGAUCACGUAUUGGCCAGGCUCUCCUUUUGGCGGAGAAGACAACAAUAGUGACCGCACGAUUGGAGAUGUACAUAUCUGGAAUGUUUCUAGUGGGAUGUUGGUUCCUUACCAAAGGUAUCCCGACCUUUGUGCACGGUUUAUUUCUGAGUUUGGCAUGAUUUCUUGUCCUCAUUUCGAGACGGUGCAACAGGCUUUCUUUGAUCCUGCUGAUACAGAUCGCCAUCCUCAAUCCCUUGCCUUCGAACACCAUUGUAAAGCGUCGAGCUAUGAAAAGAGGAUGUUUACCUGCAUGGGAGAGAAUUUUCGACUAUCAUUUGAUUUACAGAAAUACAUCUAUUUGUCGCAAUUGACGCAGAGUGAAGCAAUGGGCUACGCUUUUCGGGGAUGGAGAAGGCAAUUCCAAGGGAGGCUGUGCGGCGGGGCCUUGGUAUGGCAGAUGAAUGAUUCCUGGCCGGUAUCUAGUUGGGCCAUCGUCGACUACUACGAGAGACCGAAGCCAGCGUACCACGUGAUCGCCAGAGCCCUGAAAUCGCUUGCUAUCGGUGUUAUUCGACGACCCAAAAUCGAAGUUCGGCCAAAUUUCCAGCAUUUGGCUCUGAUCAAUGGAAAAAUGAAAGCUGACGCUGCGGGGGUUAUUGCGCAUGCCACGCCUCACAUCUACCCUCCCAAAGAAUCUACCUUUUCUGUCUGGAUUGCCAACUCUGGAAUGGAGAGAGUGAGAGGAACUGUGGAGCUGAGAUAUGUUUCUAUUGUGACAGGACUAGACGUGUGUUUGGCACAGACAUGGUCAAUUGAUAUUCUAGCCCUGGGGACGACGGAAAUCGUUGCAGACAAGGAGACCCCAGAGGGUGAGCCGACGGUUUUGGCUGCUAGACUGUUUGAUGAGUCUAGAGAAUGUGUCAUAUCGAGAGAAAGUGAUUGGCCACAGCCAUUUAAACAUUAUACAUUUCCUGACAGGGGUCUGAUAGUUAAAGCUGUUGGAGAGACGGUGUAUAUCUCGGCAAAGAAACCUGUCAAGGGGCUGGUGUUGUUGAAUGAUGGUGUGACGUGGUCCGAUAAUUGUCUUGAUAUUAUUCCGGGCGACCCUCAAACUGUUGAAGCAAUGGGUCUUAAUGGGGAAGUGGAAUUUAUUUAUUACGGACAAGAGGAUUCAUGA